AUGGAAUAUGCAGAAAGAUCUAAUCUUGAGCAAGAGGAGAAGCAGCUAGAGGAGGACGGGAAGAAAGAGUGGCGACCGGAAGGUGGUGGCGGACAGCCGCACGCACCGUGUGGCGGUGAAGGGGAGGAAGGCCGCGGAGGAUCCGAUGAAGUGGUGGAGAGAGUCCAGAAGAAGAACGGAAGGAAAGUGGAACUGCUCAGCCCCCUGCCGCCACCGCCGCAGCCGGAGAAGAAGGAACAGGAGAAGCGAAGUGAGGAGAAGCACAAAGCAGAGGAGGAGAAGGAGACUCGAGAUUCUGAUCCAAAGCUUCGAUCUUUUCCGUUUGAUUUGGAAUGUAGCAUGAAAGGUGGGAUCUUUUUGGUGGAAACGGGGGUGCAGACGGCGGAGCCGGCCCUGAAGAGCUCGGAGGUGACGGUGAAGGGCGUGUUCGACUCGGCGAGCCUGGUGGCGUACGUCCACAAGCGGACGGGAAAGCAAGCGGCGGUGGUGAAGCAGGAGACAGAGGAGAAGACCAAGGCGGCGGAGAAAGAGAAGAAGGCGGAGGGCGAGAAGGAUGUACAGACGGAGAAUGGUUUGCCGUUCGAUCAGUGA